AGAGUCACCUAUUUGCUAGAACUUGCCAUUAUCGAUACAUCAUAGGGCCAUUUUGGAAUCACAUUUUGGUCACUCAAGAAACAUUUUCCCUCUUACUUCUCCAACACAUUAGCCUCUCCUACUUCACCCCAAGAUCAUUUGCCCUCCAACACAUUAGCCUCCCAUUCUUCAUCUCAAGAUCAUUGUCCCUCAUCAUUUGUCUCCAUCAUCUUCACAAAGAUUCACCACUUAAAUACCAAUCAUGGGUAAACUCCCAUCUACCCACAUUAUUCACCAUACCAAUUCUUACCUCUUAGAAAUUAAACCACUAAAAAAAUGACUACCACCAUAAUCACUCUCACCUCACUAUCCCUUCUCCUCCUCUUUCAUCCUCUCCUCACCCAAUCCCAACCCGGUCGGACCAAUCCACCUUCCCCGGCAACCCAGGGCCAGUGGCGGCUCCUCCAGUCAAAUUUGGGCAUCUCGCCAAUGCACAUGCAACUCCUCCACAACAACAAGGUGGUCAUGUUCGACCGAACCGACUCCGGCCGUUCCAACCUCACAUUCUCGGACGGUCGGUGUCGGUUCGACCCGGACGACACCCAACUCCAGAUCGACUGCACCGCUCACUCUGUUCUCUACGAUGUCACAACCAACAAAAUUCGACCCCUCACGAUCCAAACCGACACCUGGUGCUCCUCCGGAGCAGUCCUCCCCAACGGCACUCUGCUCCAGACGGGCGGCUUCCACGACGGCGACCACGUCGUCCGUAUGUUCACCCCGCGCUCUAGCCUACUGAGCUAUGUAGACGGUGAUGACAACAACAACAACGACUGGGUGGAGUACCCGGAUUAUUUGAAUCGAAGGCGAUGGUACGCUACGAACCAGAUUUUACCGGACGGCAGAGUGAUCAUCGUCGGUGGCCGGAGGCAGUACAAUUACGAAUUCUACCCUAGCGAUUCGAAGCUCUACUGGCUCGAUUUCUUGAGGGAAACGAGAGAUGGCCGCAACGAGAACAAUCUUUACCCGUUCGUCCACCUCCUCCCCGAUGGGAAUCUGUUCAUCUUCUCCAACACCAGGUCGAUUCUGUUUGACUACGACGGAAACAGAGUACUUACAGAGUUUCCGGAGAUUCCCGGAGGCGAUCCCCGGAACUACCCGAGCUCCGGAUCCUCCGUCCUCCUCCCGCUGGUGGAGAACGCGACGGCGCCGAGCUCAAUCGAGGUCGUCGAAGUCAUGGUCUGCGGCGGCGCUCCGCAAGGAGCGGUUCGAUCGGCUCGGGCGGGGGAAUUCGCGAGAGCAAUUUCAUCUUGCGGCAGGCUCAGAGUGUCCGAUCGGAACCCUAAUUGGGAGAUGGAGACCAUGCCAUUGGAGCGAGUGAUGGGAGAUAUGCUGCUCCUCCCGACCGGCGACGUGAUCGUAAUCAACGGCGCUGGCAGAGGAACCGCCGGUUGGGAGAACGGCCGUGAGCCGGUGACCACCCCUGUGAUUUACCGCCCCUCUGCCCCCCAGAUCUGGCGAUUCUCCGUCAUGGCGGCAUCUCCGACCGCGCGGAUGUACCAUUCGUCGGCGAUUCUUCUCGGAGACGGCCGAAUUCUCGUCGGAGGGAGCAAUCCUCACGUUUUCUACAACUUCACCGGCGUCCUGUACCCGACGGAGCUGAAAUUGGACGCGUUCUCCCCGCCGUACCUUUCGCCGGCGUACGAUCCCGUGCGGCCGAGGAUUGUUGGCGUGAGGGCGGCGGCGGCGGUGAGGGGAUACGGGGAGGAGAUCCGGGUGAGUUUCUGCGUGACUCGGUACUUGACUCGGAGCGCGGUGUCGGUUAGGAUCGUGGCGCCGUCCUUCACGACUCAUUCCUUCGCCAUGAAUCAGAGGAUGGUCGUGUUGAGGAUUGUCGACGUGAAACAGAAGGCGUCGGAUAUGUAUACCGUGACGGUUGUUGGGCCGUCGACGGCGGAGAUCGCGCCUCCGGGGUAUUAUAUGAUGUUUGUGGUGCACGCUGGGAUUCCUAGUUCCUGCAUUUGGAUAAAGUUACAGCCGCGGUAGACGAAGAGGCUAUGCUAUGCUACGUGGAAAAAAUCUAACAUAUUGGAUAUUACUCAAAUCCAACUUAUUAAUUGUGUAUGAGCCAUUUUAAUUUUCGGUCGUAUUUAUACUCAAUUUGUUAGUUUGGGUUUAAAUUGGACUCGCGUAGUAUUGAAUAUCUAAAAGGAAAUGGAUAACUGAUUCUAAAGCAAUUUUUUUACCUUCAAUUUUAGGCAUCCCGAAUAUCGGAGUUCAGAUAGACCCAUUUGAAUAGGAGCUAAAUAAGUUCGCUCAAAUUAA